AUGGCGACGGUAUCCGGUAAACCACGCCAGAGAGCCUGGAAACCCAAAGCACGCUCUGGUUGUAAAACUUGCAAAAUACGCAAAGUCAAGUGUGAUGAGGAGAAACCGAACUGCAGACGAUGCACCUCAACGGGCCUGUUCAUCGCUCCAGCCAUUCGUCUUGAUACCAAAGAGGAGCGGGACAGCUUCGAGUUUUUCAUGACGCAUGCCGUUUCAAAUCUGCGCGGUUUCCUCGAUUCGCCGUUCUGGCAACGAGAACUGCUUCAAGCGGCUCAUCCCAUACUGGAUAAUUAUCUACAAUUCGCUUUGCGACAGUCUAAUCAAGCAAUUCAGGACUUGUUGAAAAAGCCGAAGAGCAAUGACAAAGUAGUCAAAUCAGACAAGAUUACGCUUAUGACCUGCGCUAUCUUGUUCACCAGCAUGUGUUGUUUGCAAGGCUACCAAAGAGACGCAAUCGAACACGUACGCAGCGGCAUCCGGAUGUUAAACGAAGUGGACCAAGGGAAAGAAAAGUUUGAUCACCCAAUAGAACUGGAGUCUAUACGUACCAUCUUUGUGGGAUUCGAUACGCAGAUUAGGGCGAUAAUGCCAACGCACAUCUCACCAUCCUGGGUCGCGAAGCCCAAGACUAGACCGCUGGGCAGUUCAACGAACACGCUGAGUAUGUCUGCGCUACAUGCGAUGUUGGGACACACACAGAGCCUGCUAAACAGCAUCCACGCCUUCAACCAAAGAACCAAAUUACGCCCCGCCGACGAAGUCGAAGAAGUAUACAUCGAAUACCUCGACCUCAUCUCACGCUACCACCGCGGCAAACUCACCAUGGACAAUCUCUGGAAGCAAGCCCCUGCCUACGGCGAAGAAUACACCGAACCCCUCACGGCAUUGGAACUAACACAAGCCCAAAUGGAAUUCCUCCUCCGCGCCCCACGAGCCGAUCUCAUCCAGAAAUUCCCCUGUCUAGGCGACUUCAAACCCGCGCGGAAACCUUUCAUCGAACCCUUCGACAUGGCCGCACAAUUCGUGCUCAUCUUCGAACUCGCUGCUAAACUCCUCCCUCUCUCAGGCGCGCAGACACCUAUAUUUCAAACACCCGUUGGUCCCACAUCCGCACUCUGGGCCAUUGCUGUGCGCGCACCGUCCUCGUGUCAAGUACUGCGUAAGCGCGCUGUCAAACUCAUGUUGAGCCAUCCCCGGCGGGAAGGCUUCUGGGAUGGCAUGCUUGCGGGGCAGAUUGCGGAAGAGGCGUUGAGAUUGGAGCAAGAACGUGCGCGAGCGGAGAUGGGUAUCGAGGAAGAUGAGAUAUGUGCGGAGCUGGAGGUGCCGGAGCAUUUGCGUAUCAUUGCGUUCUAUUUGACGCAUCCGAAAGAUAGUGAUCGGACAGUCAAGGUUGAGUUUUCGGAUGCGAGGGAUUUGGCGAUUGGAAUUCCGGGGUCGGUUAAGUGGAUAACUUGGUAG